AUGUCCGUCACCUUACCCAUUCGAUCAUCGCGCCCUCGUCCACGCUUGGCGUCAUCAUUCUACUCUGGUAACGGCUCAAGGUUUCAACGGCCAGAUCUUACGGCUGAGUUCACUCGGCUCAGGAUCGGGUCUCUGCGCCGUCCAGAUCGAUUCAUCCCAGCGAGGCCUCGGGAAGCAGAGCUUACCGAGAGAUUCCGGACUGGCAAAGCGGCCCAUGAGUUGACAGCAUUUGAAAAGCUUCUCCGCAACAACAUGGCAACAGAAGACCCGUUUCGUUACCGCCGGAGGGCGGUGUUACCAAUGUCUGCCCAACUUCGGCUGCAGUCUCGCUCCGAAGCUACGGGCAGCCGGAAUCGAGUUGGUAGCGUACUUGGGGCUCUGGACCAAAACAGUAUUGAUAAUAUCGACAAUCAGCCCAGCGACGGUACCAUCUGGACCGUCGGUGUUGCCCCCCAUGCUGGAACCGCUGUUAAUGACGGCAGAGGGCAGUUGGUCUCGAGUGGGACCAAUGCUCGACUUUUCCGGAGUACGUUCCCAACAGCAAAGAGAAAAGCCGAGGAAGAAUUGGAAAAGCAUGGGGCCCGCCUUGCAGCGGCUCUGAGGUUAGACCGCUCGCAGCGAGUCCUCGAGGUAAAUGUGACGCCCUAUCGCGACGGGAUCAAUAAGAAGAUGCAUGACAUCGUUUCCACGCAAUGGAACGGGACGGAGUGGGUAAACGAAGGGACAGCACCCACGCCGUCGAAGUCUUCUGGAAAUCGGAUAUUGCCCCUUGCCCCAUUCAAAGUUCUCGAUGCUCCUAACUUACGAGAUGACUUCUACUGCUCGGUCCUCGCCUAUUCACCCACGUGUCAGACGCUAGCUGUUGGACUAGGUGACUUUGUUUACGGAUGGUCAGAGAGCAGAGGUGUGCAGCUACUUAACGCUGGUAGAGACUCCGAUUCACAUUUAACAAGCCUUUCUUUCUCUUCAUCUGAGGGGUGCAAGGCCAUCUUAGCCUUCGGAAGGACCGACAGAACGCUAACUCUGAUGUCGCUCUACGAUGACCCGGACCCAGAAGGCUCCAGCCCCGGCCCGUUACCGCGAUUCAAGGCAAUUCAGCCUUGCCCUGUUACUUGUCUCAGCUGGAAACCUGUGUGCACGCUCCGUCCCUCUAAAAGCCGGUUUCACCCAGAUACUCUUGUGAAGAACGAAGAUCUCCUCGUGGGAGAUGAGGCUGGCCAUGUCUACUACUACGCUGUUGAGUGGCCGGAGAGAUGGGAGGUAGCGCGACACAACUGGUCUGGACAGAUGACUCUGAUGGCACGCAUUGCAAUUCAUACCCAGCACAUAUGUGGUCUGGCUUGGUCACGCAACGGCGAGCUCUUUUGUACAGGAGGGAACGACAACCUCUGCUGUCUUUUUGAGACGGAUAAGCUUGGCGAAUCUAGCCUCAAUAAUCAAUCCUCAAACGGGGAGCUCCAGGGUGAAAGGUCAAGACCGACGCAGCCGAGAGUAAGAAGCGAGGGCUCAGAAGCCGGGACGCAAAUUCGAACGCUCCAAAACACAGUGUACCCUGCGAGGUUCCAUGGGCCCGGGAGCGAAAAGCACCGGUGGGUUCACGGAGCCGCAGUCAAAGCAAUUGCGUUUUGUCCCUGGCAAGAGAGUCUGGUGGCUACAGGAGGAGGAUCCAAUGACAAAUGCAUUCAUUUCUUCCACGCCACAUCUGGUGCAGCGCUGGCAACCAUCUCAGUCUCUGCCCAGGUGACCAGCUUGAUCUGGUCGACGACUCGACGCGAGAUCGUGGCCACGUUUGGCUAUGCGCAGCCCGAACAUCCCAUCCGAAUCGCAGUGUUCUCGUGGCCAGAUUGCUGCCAGGUUGCCGCAAUACCCUGGGCUGGGGAGCACCGAGCGCUCUAUGCGAUAGCAUAUCCCAACGGGCCUGGAGAAAGAAGCCCAUCUGAGAAGGGCAAUAGGGCGCGGAACCGUGGCCGCCCUGCAAUGGGAGGCUGCAUUAUGGUUGCAUCGAGCGAUAAGAGCGUCAAGUUCCAUGAGGUCUGGGCGGCAGACAAAAAGGCAACCGGCGGCGGGGUCGGCAUACUCGGCGGCAGCGACAUCCUGGAAUGUCUGGAGGGCAUCGACAAGGAUGGUGGUGUUAUCCGCUAA